UGAAAUAGAAAAGGUGAAUUUCCGGGGCGGAUCUAGUCUGAAUGAAGCGUUCCUUCGCGUGACUGAAAUUCGAUUGGCCACGCCUACUGCAUCUGGGUGAUACGAACGUGGAAAUCUGAAAUUGUGGCCGAUCGCUGGAUCCUACGACUAAUUGGAUUUGGACAUCGCAUCAUCUUCCACGAAUCCGAGUCCCAAAGCCAGCUUAAUUGGCUUAGGCGGCGGUUGUCGAUGUUGGCCGGUCAUUGACGUGUGAAAUGGGUGUGGGCUACUACACCGAAGGAAAUAAGAUCAAAAGCAGCUGCUUAGCACGUUAGUGAGUUUAAAGAAGCUUCUCCUAGGCACGAAGUUUUUUGAAACGCAGCCGGAGAUGAGUCAAGCGGCGGUCACAGAAGAGCCUCUGGCCGCUGUCAAGUCGAAAACCAUGCGUUCUCGGAAGCGACGACAGCGCCGGAGACGUCAGAUAGCCUACCUGGCCAUAUGUGGACUCAGUGUAGCCAUAUUUGGAUUUGCAUUGGCCACGCUGAUCCGGCCUGCAAUUGCCCAAAACGAUAAUGCGCCCGGAUCAUGGCGUGAGGGAUAUGCUGACCAUGGAACCACUCACGAGCAGCUCGGCCAACCUCAUUGGCCACCAGUGGAAUACACCAAGUACAGGCCGACGUCCAACUACACAAAGGAACCAGAACCUCCCACAUCGGCCAUGAACCCUAUUUUCAAUUUUACACACUUUCUGUAUGACAAGGUCCUAUAUAGGGAUGAGCCAAUUCCGGAGGGUUACAUUGUAGUAAGUAACGGGGACACAUUGAGGCUGGGCCCCAAGGUUGAGGAGAAUGACUGGCGUGAUCUUCUUGCUCACUAUUGGAUGGUUCUAAUCUGUGUGUUUGUUCUUGUGGUGCUCAUUAUUGUUAUACCGUUUAUUGCAGUAUGCUAUUGCUGCUUCUGUUGUUGCCGACGUUGUCGACAGGGCUGCCCUCCGUGUACCAGUAAACAGGAUGCCCAGCGACGCUUCUGCUGCGGCAUCUGUCUGCUACUGCUCGUUAUUGGACUGAUCUUUGGCAUUAUUAUCGCCUUUGUUACCAACAAAAUGAUUGACAGCGGCUUUUCCGAGACAUCCGAGACGAUGAAGCGUGGCAGCGAGGACACUUGCACCUAUCUGAAGGAUGUGUCCGAUCACGUUUAUCAUCUGAUGAUGAACAACUACGAGGAGAUGGAGACCCAUGUGAUUGAUCAAUUAACCAAUGCCCACACGCACAUAUUUUUGGAUCUCACCGAUACGUCGCAGAGUAAUUCGUUAGCCGAGAUAGAAAGAAUUUUGGAGAACAUGCCCGAGGCACUGGAACUGAUGAGGCAAGUGGAUAUUUUAGAGAAAGACCUUCGCUUCUAUGCAGCGCAGUUAAGAGAUGAAUUGCGAGGACUUAAGCGAGAUAUCAUUUUCGCAGUGGCCAAUCUUUGUCAGCUCCAGAUCUGUCAAAAGUUUCUGGACACCACCGAUGUCACAUCCAUUGACUUCUCAAAGUGUUUACAACUUUUAUUACUACCCGAUUCUAAUAUAUAUGUGAAGGGAAUGGAGAAAAUAAUUGAGCAGAAGUACUACUAUAUACCUCAACGAGGGCUUGCGCGUUUGAACCAGGUUAGCGAGAAGGUGAGGACCCAGCUGUCCCUCGUUGUGCCGCCCAUGGUGAAAGAGUUGACGAAGGGAAGGUCGGUAUUCCGCGAGCACGCAAAAAAUGUGCAGAACAUUGUGGAGGGAGUUCUGAGUGAUAUCCAGCAGAAGACUUUGACCUCGACCAAGUCGUUCGACGACGUUUACGAACGAUUUGGCCACGAUAGAAACGUUGUUAGCCUAAUUGUGUGCCUGCUCAUCCUUCUGGUACUUUUUAUUCUUAUCUUUGCUCUUAUGUGUGGUUGUUUUGGUCGCCGUCGAACCGGAUACGGUGAUGAAUGCUGCAGCAAGUCCACCGGCGCAACCUGCCUGCUUCUAGCCAUAUUGCUGAUAUUCUGUGUCUUCUCCUUCAUCACACUUGUUGGUCUGUUCUACUUUAUGUUGGGCAUGGUGACUUACCAAGGAGCCUGUGCUCCGUUGAGGGAUCAAGAAAACAACAGCCUGUUUCGACAACUGGACGCUCAAAUUGAUCUAAAUCGCUUCUUGCCGACGGGCGAAGGCUCCAAGGACCUGUCGCAACCUCUAAAAAUGUCAACCGCUAUCAAGGCUUGUCAUGCUAACCAGACCAUAUUUGAGAUGCUGCGAGUGAAUAACAUUUACGACAUCAACGAUUUGGCGAACAUUAAGGUGAUGACCCACGGAGAGGGCGAUGCAGAGGAGUUCAAGGUCUUCGACCAAGAACUUUCUGAUGUGAUACUGCUGACGCCGGAAGACCAAAAGGAACUGACUGACGUCGGAAAUGCUGAGUUUGGUUCGUACCACAGCUCCCUGUAUUAUCAAAAUGGACUGUGCGACCGAUUUACGUUAACGGACCUGAAUAAACUUUCCAAUCAACUCUUCAAACUUUCCAACGAUCUGGAGUACCCGGCCUACGGCUGGGCCAAGGUGGCUUUCUGGAAUGAGGGUAACAAUGCCAAGGCCAUCUACAAUAACUUUGUGCCAAAGCUCGAGGCCAUUGUGCACAAGAUGAAAGCCCAUUUGAAGAAGAUUGAUGAGCUAGUUACAUACGAGAACAAUGACUUUGCUAAAUCCAUAAACAUUCUGACUGCCACAGCAAUAAAAGCCGAGAACUUCAUCAAAACGCGCGGCAAGGAUUACAUCAAUACCCUAGGAGGCAACCUCACAAUGACAAUUGAACAAAUAGUUAACGACUACAUUGCUAUGAUAUUAGUGGAGGCCAACGAAAGGGUGGGACACUGUGCGCCCAUCUCUUAUAUAUAUCACCGAGGAGUCGACUUGAUCUGCCACCGCAUUGUGGAUCCCAUUAACGGAUUCUGGGUUGGCAUACUAUUGUGUGCCCUGCUCUUCUUACCCAUCUUGUUCGUGGCCCACCGUCUGAUGUGCCUGUACAAGAAGAUCUAUCCAUAUUUGGCCACCGUUGGAGCCGCUGGCGUGGUCGAGGGAGGCAGCGACUAUCUGUACGACGCUUAUAGUGAACGCGAUCGCGAACAUGUACCAUUGGCUAAUGUUCCCAAGAAACGGCGCAAAGCCUAUGAGCGGCGCCGGGAGCAGCAGGACUACUAUGAGGACACCUCGCCUGGCGUUUCGCGGAGCAAUCGAUCCUGUGGAGAUCGCGGCGGGGAUGGAGCCCCAGGUAGCAGCAGCAUGCGCUACAACGACAUGGCGCCCACGCACUGGGACCACGAGCCACCACGAUACCACAAUCCUCCAGCUGCGCCGCCAUCCUCGGAGUACGAACGUCCACCGCCCUACUACUACCCGGGGGCCUCCGAGCAGGAUUAGACGGACGGAGACGGAGGUCUGUUCGAGAGGUGGCAACAUGGAUGAUUUUAUUUUGAACCCAAACGCCCUUUGCCCCGUUUCCUUGUAUACCCCCUACUGAGACUGUACUUUUAGUUAAAAGCGUAAACAAAAAGAUAACUGAAAUUAUAUAAUUUAAUUAAGUAGUAGUGUAGCACCACGUGUAUGUUAUCACUUUGGUCCGACCAGGAGAUCUGCCAUUGACCUGGAAGCUGAAGAAGAACUUUUAGUUAAUAUUAAGUGCAGGCCGAAGCAAAAAUGAAAUACGAAAAUUCUCAAAUACCCUCUUAUAA